AACAUUCCAGACAUCUCUCAGAGGAGAUACAUGUUGAAUAUGCAGCGCGCACGACUGCCGGACAGUCCGUGGACGAUCUCUUCAAACUUGCCACGGAGAUCGUACCAUACUUCAUGGCGCACAAUGCAGAGACCGACGCUUGUGAUCUACUCAUGGAAAUAGACAGACUGGACUAUCUUCUAGAUGUUGUGGAAUCCAGCACAUAUCAGCGGGUCUGCAUUUAUCUUACCAGGUAAUGUAUAUCAAGCCAAGAAUUCGUGAUUGACGAUUUUUGUGCACAAAGUAAGACAUGAGAUAGCUUGGCGUCCCAGAAAAUGGCUGUCUCUAAUUGAGAUUUUUAUAAGUGAUCUCCAAGAUUGAAUUUGUAUUGGUUCAUAUUUAUCGGAAUCCUAUUGAAACACAACUCCAUUUCUUCUUUUAAACGAAGUAAGUCAUCAUAUCCUGUGAAAUGUUACGUUUUUUUAUGCAAAAUGUUUGCAAUGAAAGUUUAUUCAUGCGAUACAGCCGAAUGUAAACAUAAAAUGUAGACCCAAGCGCGCAAAAGAUCACUGUCAUGAUACUAAUUAUGUACUUGGAAAGCCAGAAACCAUCUUUAUGGAAAAGAGCUUUACUUACUCAGUGCUGCGUCUAUUUGGAAUAGCUUAUCAAGUAUAGCCAAAGAAAAAGGCAUAAGUCUUACCAAAUUUACAGUAUUCUUGGCAGCACCUAAUUCAAUGUUUAAAUAAUAUAUAGCGAGUUGUGUACUGUACUUCUGAUUCAAGUUGGAAGCAGGUUGCAUGCGACAGUUUUAGGCAAAAGUUGUGCAGUGUAAUUCGCCCUUGAGACACCCAAUAUUCCUAUUUUAGCUGUGUGAGUUACGUUCCUGAACCAGACGAUAUGAAGUUACUAAAGACAUCACUAGAAAUCUAUAGAAAAUUUGAACGACAUCCUGAAGCCAUGAGGAUUGCAAUACAACUGAAUGACGUUGAGCUCAUUAAAGAUGUAUUCCUUUCUUGUCGUGGAAGGUAAGGUAUACAGGAAGACUACUUUCAGUGUAAUGCAAACUAAACUACAGUAAACUAACUUUAUUUGUACUCCUUUCGUCUCCCUUGCAGUCCAAUAAUGGACAUCGUUCAUUGAUCUGGUGUUAUUACAGGACGAAAUCUAACUCACCUAAAUAUGAAACUAAUUUUUUAUAUAUCUGAAGAUAUAUACCAUCAUCACCACCAUCACUGCUAUUAUCACCAACAUCACUUACAUUAUCAUCACCACCAUCACUGCUAUUAUCACCAACAUCACUUACAUUAUCAUCACCACCAUCACUGCUAUUAUCACCAACAUCACUUACAUUAUCAUCACCACCAUCACUGCUAUUAUCACCAACAUCACUUACAUUGGCAUCACCACCAUCACUGCUAUUAUCACCAACAUCACUUACAUUAUCAUCACCACCAUCAUCACUACCAUCAUUAUCAUCAUCAUCACCAUCAUCACCAACAUCACUCACAUUAUCACCAUAAUUACCACCAUCAUUACCAUAACCAUCAUCACUAUUACCAUCAUCAUCUUGCCAUCAUCAUCAUCACUAUCAUCAUUAUCACUAUCAUCAUCACUAUCAUCAUUAUCAUCAUCAUCACCAUUACCAUCAUCAUCAUCAUUAUUACCAUCAUCACUAUCAUCAUCAUUAGCAUCAUCACUAUCAUCACUAUCAUCACUAUCAUCGCCACCACCGUCGUCACCAUAACCAUCAUCAUCAUUACCAUCAUCAGCUCACGAUCUAUCUGUGUUUCUAGUGCUGAAAAUAAAUUGAUGAUGAAACAACUUGCAUUCAUGUUGGCAAGACAACAAAUAUUUCUUGAACUGGAUGAGGAUAUGGAGGAUAACGAGGAAUUGACUGAAAUUUUAUCUAACACUCAUCUCAAUAAUAACUUCCUUGCGCUCGCGAGAGAGGUAUGACUGAGACCUGGACUAAACUAACUUUAUUUAUACUGUAGAGUUCUAGCAGUUCUAAACACUAGCAUUACAUCUUUUUAUAUAGUUGGACAUUAUGGAGCCUAAAAUUCCAGAUGACAUUUACAAAACACAACUUGAAAGCCACAGUAAGUUAUUUUAAAAAUUCAAUAUCCAUGUCUGAACUUUAUGAAAAUUGUUUACUAUAGACAAGUUUUUAGGACUUGCCGCCAGAAUUUACGUGUGUUCUUGAUGUUACGUGAUUAUAAUGAUGUCACGUUUUCCUUUAGGGUCUUCAUUCGGUAACGUUGCUGUUGAUUCAGCGCGUCAGAAUCUCGCAUCAUCUUUUGUCAAUGCGUUUCUUAAUGCUGGCUUCGGUGCCGAUAAACUGCUCAUGGACGAGAAAUCGAAAUGGAUCUACAAGAAUAAAGACAUGGGUAAGUGGGGGUGGUUGAUAGAAUGUGUUAUGUUACACGACAUGUGCCUUUCACCUGACUUCUCUGUAGCGGAUCAAUAAGAGAUGAUCCUUACUGGACCUCUAGGAAGAACAGUUCAGAACUGAUAGAGCUAUCCAGUAUAAAUAAAGUUAGUUUAGUUUAGGUUUCCUCCUGUAGUAACACUGGAUCAAUUAUUAUUAUUAUUAUUGAUGAAUAUUUUAACAGGAUAAAAACGUCAGUUAUGUAAAAAUUAAAUAAUUAAUUACAAAAACUGCUAUCAAUGUUUGUCCUGUAAAGUCUCAAGAAUAACAAAAAUAGGUAGCCAAAAAGUUAAUAAAUAAAGCCUAAAAAUUACAUAAUUAUAUAAGAAUGGACAAAUAGGAUAAAAUAUCUUACAAAUAUAAUAUUUACAAAGUUAAAAUGUCUUGAAAGAUAAACUAUUUCAAAAUCAUAGAUCUUCGUAAGAGAUGACUCUUACUGGACCUCGAGGAAGAACAGUUUAGAACUGAUAGAGCUAUCCAGUAUAAAUAAAUAAAGUUAGUUUAGUUUAGGUUUCCUCCUGUAGUAACAUUGGAUCAAUAAGAGAUGAUCCUUAAUGAAACUGAUAGAGUGUAAAUAAAGUUAGCUUACAUGAUUAAUUCUCCACUCUUUACUGUAGGUAUAAUGAGUACUACAGCAUCACUCGGCCUGAUCUUAAUUUGGGACGUAGAUGGAGGUUUAACACAGAUAGAUAAGUAUCUGUACUCGGCUGAAGACUAUAUAAAAGCUGGAGCAUUGCUUGCCUGUGGAAUUGUUAACUCCGGAGUAAGGAAUGAAUGUGAUCCUGCGUUGGCCUUGUUAUCUGAUUACAUUCUCCAUCAAAAUAAUGUCAUGCGUAUUGGUGCCGUUGUCGGGUAAGAUGCGAAGUCUUACCCCUGGUUCACAGACGAGCAAGUUUUCUAUGACAAGUUUUAUGUGACAAGUUUUAUUUGCCAAGUGCACGUGUGUAUAUUCAACAAAUUUUAUAUGACAAGUUUUCAUACGACAAGUUUUAUUUACUGGUGUGAACGUGUCAACAAGUUUACUUUGACAAUUUAUUAUAGUAGCCAGCUGGCCAAUCACAACAAAUGCUCAGGUUACUUUGACAAGUUUUCUUUGUUGACCCAUACAGACGAACAAAACUUGUACUUUGACAAUUUUUCUAUGACAAGUGCACUUGUUCAAAAGCUACAGUAGCAUGCUAGCUUUUGAACAAGUGCACUUGUCAUAGAAAAAAAUGUCAAAGUUGCGCGUACAGACGAGCAAAUAAAACUUGUCACAUAAAAACUUGUCAUAGAGAACUUGCUCGUCUGUAACCGGUUCACACUCAGCAAAUUGUCGGCGAUUUUGUAUUUCUGACGGAUGGAAAUGAGUGAACUCACACACAAAAGUAUAGAGUCGCUUUUCAGAAUUCGACAAUUCUAAGUCUUUUGCAUGUCAUUUAUUCGAUCACAUUUGCCAGGAAGAGAAAAAUCGCCGACAGAAUGGGCAGUUCCAGCUACAGACUAAAUUUUGAUCUAGAUCCUUCAGAACUUAGAAUUUACCGAUGCAAAAUUCCUACUGUGACCUCAGUUUAAAGGCCUGAUUUACACUAGCAAUGGAUUAUUCCUGCUAUAGACUAAAUUUUGAUCCCAUCUGCUCACGAUUUAGUGAUCGGAAUUUGCCAUUGCCUUUUCUUUGUUUUGAAAAUCCCACUGUUCUCCAUGUCAUCCAGUCAUGAUCGAGUGAUCAGAAUGUUCCAUUGUCUUUUCAUUGUUUUGAAAAUCCCACUGUUCUCCAUGUCAUCCAGUCAUGAUCGAGUGAUCAGAAUGUUCCAUUGUCUUUUCAUUGUUUUGAAAAUCUCACUGUUCUCCAUGUCAUCCAGUCAUGAUCCAGUGAUCAGAAUGUUCCAUUGUCUUUUCAUUGUUUUGAAAAUCCCACUGUUCUCCAUGUCAUCCAGUCAUGAUCCAGUGAUCAGAAUGUUCCAUUGUCUUUUCAUUGUUUUGAAAAUCCCACUGUUCUCCAUGUCAUCCAGUCAUGAUCCCGUGAUCAGAAUGUUCCAUUGUCUUUUCAUUGUUUUGAAAAUCCCACUGUUCUCCAUGUCAUCCAGUCAUGAUCCAGUGAUCAGAAUGUUCCAUUGUCUUUUCAUUGUUUUGAAAAUCCCACUGUUCUCCAUGUCAUCCAGUCACGAUCCAGUGAUCAGAAUGUUCCAUUGUCUUUUCAUUGUUUUGAAAAUCUCACUGUUCUCCAUGUCAUCCAGUCAUGAUCGAGUGAUCAGAAUGUUCCAUUGUCUUUUCAUUGUUUUGAAAAUCCCACUGUUCUCCAUGCCAUUCAGUCACAUACCCUGGUUCUCUUUGCGAGAGUGACGAUCUUGUGAUCGGAAUGUUCCAUUGUCUUUUCAUUGUUUUGAAAAUCUCACUGUUCUCCAUGUCAUCCAGUCAUGAUCCAGUGAUCAGAAUGUUCCAUUGUCUUUUCAUUGUUUUGAAAAUCCCACUGUUCUCCAUGUCAUCCAGUCAUGAUUGAAUGUUCCAUUGUCUUUUAAUAGGCAAUUCCAGCUACAGACUAAAUUUUGAUCUAGGCAAGAAGAACAAAAUCCAUCAGCACAGCCAGAAAGAGCAUGUUAAAAUUAGUAAAAUUGCAAAGUUUGGCCGCGAAGUGUUGUAAAAUGAGGAAAAUAUAGCCCUGCGAAAUUUGCAAAUUUUGUAUUAUUUUUUAUCACGCACGGGAAAAUGCACCACAUUUGGGCCGAAAGUGGUGCAUGUUUCCCGCGCGUGAUACAAAUUAAUGCAAAAUUUGCAAAUUUCGCAGGGCUAUAUGUUCCUCAUUUUACAACCUUUCGGGAGCAAACUUUGCAAUUUUACUCAUUUUAACAUGCUCUUUCUAGCUGUGCUGAUGGAUUUUGUUCUUCUUGCCUACAGUAGAUCAAAAUUUAGUAUAUAGCUGGAAUCAUGGUUUACACUGUGAUCAGAGUAAGAAUUUUCCAUUGGUAAAAUCUACAUAAGUUUUGAAGGAUUUCUAAGAAAUGUUUGAGCAAACUGCUUAAUGUUUAACACUGACUCAGUUUCCUCAAACAUUCCUUACGAAUCCUUCAAAACUUACAAUUUACCUAUGCAAAAUUCCUACUGUGAUCACAGAAACUCCAGCCUUUAUCCUUACUCUGUGCUUUAGGGUUUGAUAUUUAACCAUUUUCAGAUGUUGUAAAAUUUCGAUUUUCAUGGCGCAGUCUUCAAAGCAGGUAUCCUCGUCCAGGGAUGGAUCCAGCAUGGUCUGGUAGGGGGGGUGCUCCGCCAAAAAAAAUUUCGGAAAGCAACAACCUCCCCCCCCCCAUCGACAACUUUUUAGGGAAAAAUUUUUUCCGGACGAGUACGUUGCAAUUGCGUUCCAGCGACUUUACACAUCCAUCAACUUGCUUAACCACUGCAAAGUCUAGCUACAGUAUUUGAAUUGUAAUUGUUGUUCACAGUUCGCUUAUCAUCAUGUUAUUACUCAAAUUACUGAAUCUCAUUUUGUCUCUGAUAAUUUUUUGCUUUAUCAUGAAAAAUAGCAUCCCCCCUGCACCCCUCCUGGCCAGGGCUAGGGGGGCUGUGCACCCCCCUGCACCCCCCCCCAGUAAAUCCAUCCCUGUCCUCGUCUGACCGAGGUUUUAGUCAUUGACCUUUUUCUCGUUCUUUUCUAACAAACUUAAAUAUUCUGUUUUUCUAGACUUGGUCUUGCUUAUGCUGGUUCGAACCGGGAGGAUGUGUUGUCAUUAUUAUAUCCAGUACUUAAUGAUAAAAGUUCCACGAUGGAGGUAUUAUUAAAUACACUUAUUUAUAAACGACUGCUCUGUCAGUUCUAAACUGUUCUUCCUAGAAGUUUGUUAAGAACCAUCUCUUAUUGAUCCAGUGUUACUACAGGAGGAAACCUAAACUAAACUAACUUUAUUUAUACUGGAUAGCUCUAUCAGUUCGAAACUGUUCUCCCUAGAGGUCCAGUAAGGAUCAUCUCUUAUUGAUCCAGUGUUACUACAGGAGGAAACCUAAACUAAACUAACUUUAUUUAUACUGGAUAGCUCUAUCAGUUCGAAACUGUUCUCCCUAGAGGUCCAGUAAGGAUCAUCUCUUAUUGAUCCAGUGUUACUACAGGAGGAAACCUAAACUAAACGAACUUUAUUUAUACUAGAUAGCUCUAUCAGUUCGAGACUGUUCUCCUUAGAAGUCCAAUGACUUCCAGCGCUGGUACAGUACAAGAGCAAGCUAAUUUUAUUUAUACUAGAUAACUCUAUUACUCCUUCACUGAGUUUCGUCCACUGGUAUUCUGUUUAGAUUAUCGGGCAAACGGCAUUGGCUUGUGGUACGAUUGCGGCCGGUUCGUGUAAUGGUGAAGUCAGUGAAAUUUUGAUUCAAGCCCUGAUGGAUAGAAGUGAGGCGCAAAGGAAAGACACUCAUUGUCGCUUUAUUGCUUUGGGAAUUGGAUUGACGUAUUUAGGUAGGUGUUGGUAG